AUGUGGGAUUAUAGUUUACUGUGUACAGAAAACAAAGUCUUUGGGCUAAAAGGUACUUCUCGCUUCCUGAUCAUACUCUUCUACUUGCUAGAGAAACAUGCUUUGUGCCCUGUUCAAGAGAUUCACACACAGUGUUAUAGGAAUGCGUCCCCUCCCACCUCAACAUUCGUCUCUGUGUGGUCUGAUUGUGAACUCGCUUGUGCCUGCGCGAAACCUGGGCACAUAGAAAAGACCAAUCAAAGACCAAUCAAAGACCCUGCUUCCUUUGCCACCGCCCGCACCCGACAGGCUGACAACCUGGACAGCUCCCCGGGUCUUCUCCUACGUUUCUCCAUCAUCCCACGCGGCGACACCUUCCCACUCGCGGAGCAGAUCGUCCGCCGGCGGACCCAGCGAGCAUGCGCGACCGUUCCGAGCAUGCUCAGUAGCGCGCGCGGCGCCCCGGAGCUUCUCCACCAAGACGCGACGGACGUGGAGGUCUCCGCGGCUUCUGCGGGAGCGACAGGAAGUGAAGUGGCCCCGCCGGGCGGCCCCGGCGGCAGAAACAGAAGCGGAAGGGGCCCUGCGGCUACGACGUCGUUUACGGGGGUGGCCAAAGGAGCUGAGCGCAGCGGGGACUCAACUGCUCGGAAGCCGGAUCCCGAGCCGGCCAGGAUGGAUCUUCACCAGCAAGGGACUGGCCGUUACCAAGUGCUUCACAAUGAAGAGGAUAAUUUAGAGUCAUCUGUUAUAGAGCAGCCAUCCACUUCAAACCCAACACCACAAAUUGUGCAUACUGCUUCUUCAGCACUAGCACUUGAAACUGACUCCUCUCCUCCACCUUAUAGUAGUAUUACUGUGGAAGUACCUACAACUUCAGAUAUAGAAGUUUACAGUGAACUUUAUCCUGUGCCACCUUCCUACAGUGUUGCUACCUCUCUUCCUACAUAUGAUGAAGCUGAGAAGGCAAAAGCUGCUGCAGUGGCAGCUGCAGCAGCCGAAACAUCUCAAAGAAUUCAGGAGGAAGAGUGUUCACCAAGAGAUGACUUCAGUGAUGCAGACCAGCUCAGAGUGGGCAAUGAUGGCAUUUUCAUGCUGGCAUUUUUUAUGGCAUUUAUUUUCAACUGGCUUGGAUUUUGUUUAUCCAUCUGUAUCACGAAUACCAUAGCAGGAAGGUCUGGUGCUAUCUGUGGGUUUGGCCUGUCAUUGAUCAAGUGGAUCCUUAUUGUCAGGUUUUCUGAUUAUUUUACUGGAUAUUUCAAUCGACAACAUUGGUUUUUAUGGAUAUUUCUUGUACUUGGCCUGCUUCUUUUCUUCAAAGGAUUUGUAAAUUACCUAAAAGUCAGAAAUAUGUCUGAAAGUAUGGCAGCUGCUCAUAGAACAAGAUAUUUCUUCUUCUUAUAGAGACUGUCAUCAACUCAACAUUCCUUUCUUAUACUUAUGUGAAAUUUCCAAAUCAUCUGUAAACCUACAACUUUAAUAGGAUAGAAGACUACUAAUAACAGAAGACAAAUUAAUGAAGAAAAGAUAGAGCUUCAAAAUUGAAUGGCAGGGUGGUUUAUGCUUAAAAGUCAUUUCUGUUCAUUCUUUAAAUAUUUAUAUUUUUUUGUACAUUUGCGUAUGUGCCCAUUUAAAAGAUUUGCAUCUACUUUAGAGAAACCAUAAAGUUGUAGCAUUAAAGUCCAGUCAUGUUUGGUUCAUCAGUGUUUGAUAUAAUUGAGAGUGUGAUACAGUCUUUGAGCUUGUAAAUGCCAUUGAUUUUUAUCCUGACAUUUAGUAUAAUAAAAAUAAAAUUAUUAACCAUGUCAAAUGGUUUAGUUUCUGGAUUUUAGAUUCAUCUAGUAAUUCUACAAAUGAAACAUCCUUUGUUAUUUGUCAAGUUCAUUGAAACUGGCAGUACUGAUUAUUAGGAAGGAUUUGUCAAAUUUUUGAAC